AUGGAUUUUGAUGAUAUUCCUGACUUGGUGGAGGAGCUUCCCGAAAAUUUCGAAUCUGUUACGAAAAAGAGAGACCAGCCCGUAGAAGCCGUGGGGCCGGCUGGAGUAGAUGGAGAUGAUGUCAGCAAAGAAGCUCGAUCUACUGAGCAACCUGCUGAGCAACCAGCUCACACUGACAAGAUACCCAUAACUAUAAUCACAGGGUACCUUGGAUCAGGAAAGUCUACGUUGCUAGAACAAAUCGGCAAAAAGUCUACCAAAAGACUUGCCAUCAUUCUAAAUGAGUUUGGUGAUUCGUCAGCAAUAGAGAAGGCAGUGACCAUAAAAGAUACCCAGUCGCAAGAGGCGGUCCAGGAGUGGCUAGAUUUGGGUAACGGGUGUCUCUGUUGCACUGUGAAGGACAACGGAGUCACUGCCAUCGAACAGCUUGUAGAGAAAUCCAAAGGCAAGAUUGACUACAUCCUUUUGGAGACUACCGGCGUGGCUGACCCGGCUCCCAUUGCGAAGAUGUUUUGGUUGGAUGAAGCCCUAGCAUCCAGCGUAUACAUUGAUGGUGUUGUGACAGUUGUAGAUGCUUCGAACAUCGUGAAGUGUCUCGAUGACAUAGGAGGUCACUGGCACAGGCAGAACAACCACUUGCUUACGUCGCAGUCUAUAAACGUAGAGGAUUUGACGGAGGAAGAGUUGGAACUAGAGCAAAGGAGACUAUCAGAGGGCAUUUCCACUGCCCACUUACAAAUAGCUCUUGCAGACACCAUUUUAAUCAACAAGAUCGAUACUAUCAAGACAGAUAGCGGCAAAGAGCUAGAAGAAAUCACUAGUAGAAUCAGAUCUAUAAACCAACAAUCUCCCAUACAUACAACCUCCUUUGGAGACAUCCAGUUGGAGAAUAUCUUAGAUUUGCAUUCAUUUGAGAGCAAUCUAGACAAAUUCAAGGGCUCUUUAAACUACAAGUCCGACCAGACUUUCCAUGACGGGAGAAUUGGAACCGUAACAUUGACCACUCCGUUCUUCCACAACCUGGAUGGGUUUGCGCAAGUGGAAUCCUUCCUCAGGCAGGUGUUGUGGGAGAAUGAGGCCAAUGGAGAAGCCAUAGAGAUACACAGAGUGAAGGGUGUAUUGGUCUAUGACAACGAUGUGAGAGUCAUACAGGGUGUUAGAGAUACCUAUGACAUCAUCGAAGGAGGACAGUUGGUAGAAGGUAUCACAGAGAACAAGAUUGUACUCAUAGGAAAGAACUUGAGCCUUGAUAACUUAACCAAAGAACUCGAAAAGCAUUUGCAUUGA